AUGCAUGAUGUCGGAGAUACCAAGUACCCCGAGGUAUCAUAUGAAGAGGUGAUGUCCGGAGAUAAAGGUGUAUUAGGUUGGCUUAGCAAAAUUUACUCGAAAGGAUUCUGCUUCAUUAAGGGUGUUCCGGUCAACCCUGAGGCAACAAAGGAACUGAUCGAACGAAUUGCGUUCAUCAGACACACCCAUUAUGGUGGCUUUUGGGACUUCACUGCUGAUCUAACCUUCAAGGAUACGGCAUAUACCAAUGAGUUCCUUGGUGGACACACGGAUAACACCUAUUUCACUGACCCUGCAAGGCUUCAGCUUUUUCAUUUGCUGUCUCACACUGAUGGCAGUGGAGGCGAAAGCUUACUGGUAGAUGCACUUGCGGCUGCUCGCAAAUUGGAAGAGGAGAACUUUGAAGAUUAUCUUUGUUUGGCCACAGAAAGACAUUCAUGGCAUUCGAGCGGCAACGAAGACGUCUGCAUCCAGCCUUCCUUCCGCGCUCCCGUUCUCUCUAUACACCCUGACUUUGAAAGAGUCUAUCAAGUUCGUUGGAAUAAUUAUGACCGCGCGCCAAAGAAUGAUUGGAAAAUCAAGGACCAGACACGUUGGUAUAAGGCAGCUAAACGCUUCAACGAUAUUCUCAAUGAAGAAAGCAGACAAAUUUGGACGCAGUUAGAGCCGGGCACAGCCUUGAUUUUCGACAACUGGAGAAUGUUGCAUGGUCGCUCCGAGUUUACGGGAAAGCGCAGAAUGUGUGGGGGCUACGUGAACAACGACGACUUCGUCUCACGACUCCGACUCUUGAAGUAUGGCCGAGAGAGGGUUUUGAACAAUCUAGGAACCACAAUGCCCAAACUCCACCCAAAUUCUAACAUCUCUGCGAUCUACUAG